AUGACGAAUGGAACAGUCGUCACCGUAGUCAAUGGUAUAAUGACGAAUUUUAAAAGUCGUCACCGAAAGGCCACAUAUGGUGACGAUUAUUUAUUCGUCACACGAAAUUCGUCGCUUUUUCACAGAUUUCUUGUAGUGGGGGCGUUCUAUGACUAUUAUGAUGGCUACUUUGACACUUGUUUUGUCCCUAACAGCAAUAAAAUUCAUGUCCCAUUCAUGUCAUUCACCUUUCAGAAUAACCUGCAAGUCGAUUUGGAUGCUUCCGGAACACUUUAUGUUAUCAACAAAUCGCUAAUCUGCCUUGCUUUCACCAAUGGCGGCGGCGAUUUGGCUAGUUUCGGUAACGCUCAGCAGAAGACAUCCGAUGUCAUACACGAUGUUGUCGGCCAGAAAUUAGGGUUCCGCCCCGGCAUGUGUACUUACUGCUUUCACUGCAUUACAAAUACGCUCAAUCAUUUCACCUCUUACUGUAAUAAAUGA